UAUGUUUACGCCCACAACGUCACAGCUGCUGUCCUAAUCUGUGCUUCCGGUGUUAUGGCCGCUCGCAGAGAAGGGUGACAGUAAUGUGUGAUAUUUGGAAAUGACCGCGUGUGUUUAGGAUGGCGGUGACACAGCUGUUUGGGCUGGUUAUUUGUCGGUCGGCAGCUCGUGCGACACUUCGCGCGCACAGGAGGUACAGCAAGGUGUGCCCAACUUUAUCUGAGCGACUGCAAGUCUUUGAGUCCCUCAGGGAAAAACGAGGCAAUAAGAGUCGAGUUGAAGCUACAGAGACUCGCCUCAGUGUCCGAUUGGCUGACGGCCGGACAGUAAAGGGAACAGCUGGUGUCACCACACCUCUAGUUGUUGCUCAGAGUGUCCGUGUGAAAGGAGCUCUGGUCAGUAAGGUGAAUGGGGAGUUGUGGGAGCUUGGACGGCCCCUAGAGGCUGACUGCGAACUACAACUGCUGGGGUUUGACACAAAUGAGGGAAGACAGGCAGCAUGGAGGACAGGAGCGUGCGUCCUAAGCGGAGUGUUGGAGAAGCUGUUUGGUGCUGAGGUGUGCAGAGAAGGAGCGUCAGAGCUCGGACUUUACUGCGACCAUCUACUAGAUAACAGUGCCUUGUCUCUGACUGAUGUGGAGGACGGAUGUAAACAGGCUGCAGCCCUCAAACUUCCUCUGUCCAGGCUGGAGCUGAACACAGAAGAGUUCCGAGAGCUAUUCCAGAACAGUAAGCUGAGACUGCAGCUUGUGGAGGAGCAGAUGAGCGGCCCCACAGUCACAGUAUACAGGUGUGGCGACAGCAUAGCGGUCUGCGACGGCCCCCUCCUCCCACACACUGGCCUCCUCAAGGUCUUCAAGACGCUACAGCUGUCGCCUUUGACCCUGGCCAAUCAAACACAGUCCUCAGGAUUGAUGCGUCUUUUAGGUGUGGCCUUUCCAGGAGAGAAGGACAAGGACCUGUGGGAGAGGGAGCAGGAAGAGGCGAGGAGGAGGGACCACAGACGCAUCGGGACUGACCAGGAGCUGUUCUUCUUUAAUGACGUGAGUCCAGGCAGCUGCUUUUUCCUGCCUAAAGGAGCCUACAUCUACAACACCCUCACAGACUUCAUUAAGAGUGAAUACCGAAGGCGAGGAUUCAACGAGGUCGUGACCCCAACCCUGUACAGCACUGCAUUAUGGGAGCGCUCGGGCCACUGGGAGCACUACAGCGAGAACAUGUUCACUGUGACGUCAGAGGGCUCUCAGACCUACGCUCUCAAACCCAUGAACUGUCCUGCACACUGUCUUAUGUUUGAGCAGCGUGUUCGCUCGUGGAGGGAGCUGCCUCUGCGAUGGGCCGACUUUGGGGCGCUGCAUCGUAAUGAGCUCACCGGGGCGCUGGGAGGUCUCACUCGUGUUCGAAGGUUCUGCCAGGACGAUGCUCACAUCUUCUGCGCACCUGAGCAGCUGGAAGACGAGAUUGUGGCAUGUUUGGAAUUUGUGAGGAGUGUGUAUCAGGUGUUUGGGUUUUCCUUCCACUGCCUCCUGUCUACACGUCCUACGCCGUGUCUCGGAGAGGCUGAACAAUGGGAUAGUGCUGAGCAGCAGUUGGAAAGGAGUCUGCAGCACUUUGGUGAGCGUUGGGAGUUGAACCCAGGAGACGGAGCCUUCUACGGACCAAAGAUUGACAUAAAGAUCAAAGAUGCAAUUGGCAGGCAGCACCAGUGUGCCACAAUCCAGCUGGACUUCCAGCUGCCUAUCAGAUUUGACCUUCAGUAUGUCGGUCGGGACGGACAGUUGCUGAGGCCGGUGAUGAUCCACAGAGCAGUGCUGGGAUCACUGGAGAGAAUGAUCGCUAUAUUGGCUGAAAACUAUGGAGGGAAAUGGCCACUGUGGUUGUCCCCAGCGCAGGUCAUGGUGAUUCCUGUGGGGGGCAACAGUGAGUCGUACAGCAAACAGGUGGUCCAGCAGUUCUGUGCCGCUGGCUUCAUGGCCGAUUUGAAUGAUGAUCAGGGAGCGACCUUAAAUAAGAAGGUCCGCUCUGCUCAGCUGGCCCAGUACAACUACAUAUUUGUGGUGGGUGAUAAAGAGAGUGAGAGUGGAACAGUGAGUGUGAGGUGCAGAGGGGGUAAACAGCUGGGCAGGAGGCCGACAGAAGAAGUGCUGACAGCCCUCGCUCGGCUACGCGACACCAGGAGCAACCUGGACGAGUUCUGAGGACAAAUCCCUUUAAAUAAUGAGUCACUGCUGUAAUAAAUGUUUGUUUCACAUGUACAAGCUGUUAUACUUUGGCUUUAUCUGAAGAGAUGGUGGCUAACAUUUGUAAUAAAAGUAUAUAAAUAAUCCUUA